CGGAAAAUGGCAGCGACGAGUGUUGUCGUUCUCGACCGUGGAAAUAAUACAACUUGUACCGUAAAUCUUUUCGGAGCUACGGUUGUAUCAUGGAGAGUGAACAACCAAGAACAGUUAUUUGUAAGUAAACAAGCAGUGUUCGAUGGCAAGCGAGCGAUACGAGGAGGGAUACCUUUCGUGUUUCCACAAUUCGGACAAUGGGCGUUCGGGCCGCAGCACGGGUUCGCGCGGAUAGCGCGCUGGCACCUAGAAACGCCGGAACGGCUCCCCAGCGGAGACGUUGAAGCUGUCCUCUGCCUCAUAGACGAUGACUUUACGCGAUCCAUGUGGCACUUCCAGUUCAGACUGACGUACCGACUGAUCCUCCGCGAGAAGGAGCUUCACUUCAACAUCGGCGUGUACAACCCCAGCAAGGAGCUGACCUUCAGCUGCCAGCUCCUCCUGCACACCUACUUCAAGGUGCCCGACGUGAGGCGCUGCCAGAUCACCGGCAUGCACGGGUGCAUGUUCAUUGACAAGACGCGGGAAGGCACAGUCUACCAAGAAACCCGAGAAGUGGUGACCAUCAACGAAUGGACGGACCGUAUCUACCAGAACACUAUGCAGGAGCACAUCAUCACCAACGUGGUCAGCGGACGCAAGAUGCGGAUACAGAAAUACAACUUCCCUGACACCGUGAUCUGGAACCCCUGGGCGGAGUACGCUAAAGAGAUUCCCGACUUCGGCGACGACGAGUUCCCCAACAUGGUGUGCGUCGAGGCAGCGCGAGUCGCCGCUCCUAUUGUUCUGUUGCCUGGAACUGCUUUCGAAGCCUCGCAGAUACUACAGGUGAUGUAAGCAGAUGGCGCUCUCGUCGCCUACAGCCGUCCAGCGCUCGUCAAUUACGGACCCGACAAUACACAACACAUUCCUCGCCUAUUCACGGUUACCUUUUCAACGUCCUACUUCAGUCUAUAUCUGCACUUUUCAAGCAGUGGAACUAGCAGGAACAUGAAAAAACUCAUAUUUUUUAGACACCGAAGAUAUAAUAGUAUGUACCUAAGUACUAUUAUUUUUUCGGUGUCUAAAAAAUACGAAUUUUUUCAUGUUCCUGCUAGUUCCACUCAAGUCAAGGUAUUAAAUACGUAAACAUGCGGACAACGUGCCAAGAACAUGUAUUCACAACCUUAACGUGUAAGCAAUAAUGUCGUGUAUACAUAUUUUUAGCACUUUGUUUGCAUCUAUAUUUAGUACACUUCCUACAAAACCGAAAUUUAACAGCAGUUCAGGGUCGAAUCGUGUUGCCCCUUUCUAAUGUAUGGCACCGUCCCUUUUUUCCCCUGUCAAAAGUCAUGUGAUCAAUGCGAGCCGAAUGAUGCCGGAAUCGCCCGAUCGGGAAAGUGUCCAACAAAUGAGCAGUUCCCGAAUACUUUGUGUACACAAGGAGUGUCGCAUGCGCGUUGCUAACCCAUUAGAAACUUGUAAACACAGCAAAAAGGAGUGUACAAGUUCCAAGGAGGGUUCGGGUUGCCGACAACUCAAAGGACAACAGACGGAACAAAUUA